AUGUACUCUUAUUCAUACACCAGUCUUUACUUCACUAUCGUGUGUACUACCAACAGAGUGCUAAUCGUUGUAGGAGGGUAUAAGAACAAGUUCUUCGCGAGCCCAACGUGUCUGCCACGCAUCAGACUCUGUACUCAAAUCCCCGCUUCUCUUUUCUAUUCAUGGCAACACGGAUUCCGAUAA